AAUCUACUCUCUCAACACUCUCCCCCCUCAACACUCUCACACACGAACCCAACCAUGUCUUACAACUACGGCGGUAACGACCAGUACGGCGGCGGCUACAACAACAACCAGCAGGGCGGCUGGGGCGGCCAGCAGCAGCAGCAGGGUGGUGGCUGGGGCGGUCAGCAGCAGCAGGGCGGCGGCUGGGGCGGCAACGACCAGUACAACAACAACAACCAGUACGGUGGCCAGCAGAACAACCAGUGGGGCGGCCAGCAGCAGCAGAGCGGUGGCGGCGCAGCCUCGUCGUUCUACGGCGACCAGCAGCCCGGCUACAACGCCGGCUCGAACCAGUACGGCAGCGGUGCCCCCUCUGGCGGCGGCCACCUUGCGCAGGGCGCGACCGACGACCUCCCCCCUGGAUGGGAGCGCGACUUUGACGAGACGUACAAGUGCAUCUACUACACCAACACCGCGACUGGCGAGGUGACCUGGCAGAAGCCCGGCUCGGCCCCCGGCCAGCCCUCGGACGAGCAGGUGCAGACGCGUGCGGCCUUUGACAACGGCGGCGCCGCGCCCGGCGGCGGUCCCCCCGGCUCGGAGGUGCAGUUUGGCGAGGGCGGCGCCAACGGCGAGCGCGGCAUCGGCUCGUUCCUCGUCGGCGCGGCCGCCGGCGGCCUCGGCCACAAGAUGUUUGCCGGCAACUCGCACAACUCGGGCUACUCGAGCGGCAACUCGGGCGGCGGCAUGGGCUUUGGCGGUACCAUGCUCGCGGGCGGUAUCGGUGCUGGCGGCGCCCUGCUGCUUUCGCACCUCAUCAGCAAGCGCAAGAACUCGCGUCCCCCCAACGGCCCCCCUCCCUUCUUCGGCGGCGGCGGCCAGUCGUACUCGCAGACCUCGAGCUACAGCAAGUGGUAAGCGCGCAGCAGCGCGACUUGCCCCGACCAUCCCCCUCAACGCCCCAUCCUAGACCCGUGACGUCCCCCUUCUCCGUUGUCUCCAGAUCAUGUCAAAGGGCACGCCGUGGCCAGACCACGGCGUAAGCGGCCCCUAAGCUCUUUUCUCGUAUACCCAUGCCAAACUCUGUACACACCAUGCAUAUACACGCUGCAGGUGUGCAGUGAUGAACCA